CAUAGAAUUUUUUAAGAAAUUAUUAUCGUAUUAUUUUAUCGAUUUGUGUCAAAUUUUGAACCAACCCAAGUUAAGACCGGUAAAAUUUAUUAAUUUAUAGAAAUUAUUAAUUUAUCGAGUAUUAAUUUAUAAAGAUUAUUAAUUUAUCGGGUAUAUUUCAAUAAAUAUAUACAGAAUUAAAUGAUACACAUAUAUGGAGAUUGGAGCGUAAGCAAAGGUCUCACGUCUCUAUAAUAAGCAUGACUCGUCACGUGAUCUCCUCUUCUUCACAGGGACAUAGAAAGGAUGAGACAGAAAGAAACCAACAAAACCAAACCCCAAACCCAAGAAAAGGAGAAACAAGACUCUCUCUCUCUUAAGAGACUUCAUUGUCUCUCUCAGUCUUUUAACGCAAAACGACUUUUUGUGGAGGAGAGAAAGCGAGCAAAAGAAAUGCAACAGCACCUGAUGCAGAUGCAGCCCAUGAUGGCUGGUUACUACCCCAGCAAUGUCACCUCUGAUCAUAUCCAGCAGUACUUGGACGAGAACAAAUCGUUGAUUCUGAAGAUAGUUGAAUCUCAAAACUCUGGAAAGCUCAGCGAAUGUGCCGAGAACCAGGCAAGGCUUCAACGCAACCUAAUGUACUUAGCUGCUAUUGCAGAUUCUCAGCCUCAACCUCCAAGCGUGCUUAGCCAGCAGUAUGGAUCUGCUGGUGGUGGGGUUAUUCAGGCAGAAGGAGGUUCACACUAUUUGCAGCAGCAGCAACAGGCAACUCAGAUGUCUCAGCAGUCUCUAAUCGCGGCUCGAUCUUCCAUGCUGUAUGCUCAGCAGCAACAGCCUUAUGCAUCUCUUCAGCAUCAGCAGUUGCACCAUAGCCAGUUAGGGAUGAGCUCAAGCACCGGAGGAGGAAGCAGCGGUUUUCAUAUCCUUCAGGGAGAGGCUGGUGGUGGGUUUAAUGAAUUUGGCCGUGGGAAGCCGGAAAUGGAAAGUGGUGAAGGCAGAGGAGGAAGCUCAGGGGAUGGUGGAGAAACCCUUUACUUGAAAUCAUCAGAUGAUGUGAACUGAAAGAUUGUGAAGUUAGUGUGUGUUUUGGCUAAGUUGCUUGUUGAAGAAGCAAAAAACUCUUAUCUAUUGUGGUUUUUAAUUUUCUCAAUGUUUGUGCCCUAAAAAGUGAACUUUUCGUGGUAGUGUACCGUGUAACGUUGUGUCGUAAUCUAGUAGUAUGUUUUUCUUUAAAAAAAAAUAGUAAGGGUUAUUGGUUGUUGUAUUUUAAUGAAUUUGAAAAUUCGAACUAAAUCUAAUGUUAUUGGUUCUGUGAUUUUCAAAUAUAUAUUAAAAUCAGGUGUUAUUGAUUUAAUGAUUCAUAAAUUUUAUAUCAAAUAAAGUAUUAUUCAAUCGUACGGAUUUACUAAUAUAUUUAAUUUUUAAUGGAUUUGAAUUGAUUUGUUUGAAUUUUUUAGUUAAAAAUACAAAGACUCAAAUCCGAGGGAAAACCUCCGAAUUUGCAUAUUUUACUUGGAUUUAUAAGUACUAUAUGAAUUUUUAAAUACUAUAUGAAUUUCUAAAUCAAUCAAAAUAUAUAAACCAAUAACACCUCCUAGUCAACUCUUUUUGUUUCAACGAAGAGUCUUGGAGAUCACUAGCUGAAAUAAGUCUGGUCUAGUGGUUGGGUUGAUGAGCGUAAACCGAUUUUAACAUAAGGCCAUGACAAAUUCAUUCAGGCAUGCAAUUUGUUUUUAUUAUAUAGAAACAUUUAUAAAUUAAUAAUGGGAUUUUGAAUUUAUAGACGUUUUACUGUAGUACUUCGGAUUUUAGAAAUCCGAAAACUCACAAAAUGAUUAAGAGAACAUUUA